CAAGAGAAACUAAGGAGAAAAAGAAAAGGAUGGGAGAGAAUUCGGAGACUACCGAUGAACCGAGGAUAUCGAUGCGUCGGGUAGACUCACUCAAUUUGGAGGCUGGAAAAGUUUCCAUGCCUAAUCAUCAUGGCUCAAACAUGAGUUGGAAGACAACGAUCAGUUUAGCAUUCCAGAGCAUAGGGAUAGUGUAUGGGGACAUCGGGACAUCUCCCCUCUAUGUAUUCUCAAGCACUUUUCCUAAUGGUAUUGACCACAAGGAUGACAUUCUGGGGGUGUUGUCUCUCAUCAUCUAUACCAUAUUGCUCGUACCCUUGGUUAAGUAUGUCUUCAUCGUCUUGUGGGCUAAUGAUAAUGGUGAAGGGGGAACAUUUGCGUUGUAUUCAUUGAUAUGCCGAUCUGCGAAGGUGAGCUUAAUUCCAAAUACGCAGCCAGAAGACAGAGAGCUAUCCAACUACAAACUUGAAAUUUCAUCGGAGUUAAAAAGGUCCCAAGCGAUAAAAAAGAAGCUUGAGAAUAGUAAAUAUGCUAAAUAUACACUUUUCUUUGUCACCAUUAUGGGAACUUCCAUGGUGAUUGGAGAUGGGGUUCUUACUCCAUGCAUUUCAGUUCUUUCUGCAGUGAGCGGGAUCAAGUCACUAGGCGCAAAUGCUGUUGUGGGGAUUUCGGUAGCAAUCUUGAUCGGUCUCUUCGCUGUUCAACAAUUUGGUACUGAUAAAGUGGGCUUCACCUUUGCUCCUAUUAUCUUGUUGUGGUUCGCGUUCAUCAGUGGCAUCGGUCUUUACAACUUAAUCGUACAUGACGUUACUGUCUUACGUGCUUUCAAUCCAGCUUACUUCAUUUACUACUUCCAUAGAAAUGGAAAAAAGGCAUGGAUUUCCCUUGGGGGAGUAGUGCUCUGCAUUACUGGGACCGAGGCCAUGUUUGCUGAUCUGGGUCACUUCAGUGUUCGAGCAAUCCAACUUAGUUUCACUUGCUGCACAUUUCCCGCAUUACUUUUUGCAUAUUUUGGGCAAGCAGCAUUUCUCACCAAGUACCCGGACAAAGUGUCAGAUACCUUCUACGCUUCAAUUCCACACGUUAUCUACUGGCCAACAUUUGUGGUGGCCGUUUUAGCUGCCAUUAUUGCCAGUCAAGCUCUGAUAACGGGGACAUUUUCAAUUAUCUCCCAGUCCCUAAGUACGGGUUCUUUCCCUCGAGUAAAGAUUGUUCACACCUCAGCAAAGAACGAGGGUCAAGUCUACAUACCCGAGAUUAACUACAUACUUAUGAUUUUUUGUGUCAUCAUCACUGUGGCCUUCAAGACCACAGAGAAAAUUGGCAAUGCAUAUGGAAUUGCGGUGGUUAGUGUGAUGCUGAUCACAACAUGCAUGCUCACUUUAAUCAUGCUAGUCAUAUGGAAGACAAGCAUAUUCUUGAUUGCUAUUUUCUUCGUGGUGUUCAUUUUGAUCGAAGGGGUUUAUUUUUCUUCGGUUCUAUUCAAGUUCAUCGAAGGUGGUUACCUUCCGCUGUGCUUCGCCGCAUUCCUAAUGAUGAUUAUGACGAUCUGGCAUUAUGUGCACAAACAAAGUUACAUUUAUGAGCUCAACAACAAGGUGUCUAGUGAGUACAUGAAGAAACUGGCCACUAACCCUGACAUUAACCGCGUCCCAGGAAUAGGGCUUUUGUAUUCAGAACUUGUUCAAGGAAUGCCUCCUAUAUUUGCUCAUUUAGUUGCCAAUAUACCCUCAGUGCAUUCAGUUGUGGUUGUUGUGACGAUUAAGCCCCUGCCCGUGAGCAAAGUGUUGUUGGAGGAGAGGUUUUUGUUUCGACAGUUGGAGCCCAGAGGAUACAGGAUCUUCCGCUGUGUGGUGCGCUACGGUUACAACGAUAUAGUUGAGGAUCCUGUGGAGUUUGAGAAGCAGCUGGUUGAGAAUUUAAAAGAUUUUAUUCGCAAUCAACAGAUGUUAGCAGAAGAUCAAGCUGCAACGGAUAGCCAGAACACUCGGGCAACGGCUGACGAGGAAAUUGAGUUUGUGCAAGAGGCAAUGGACAAAAGUAUUGUGUAUCUGAUGGGAGAGACACAAGUGGUGGCAGGAGAGAAAUCUUCCUGGUUCAAAAAGAUUGUUGUCAACUACGUGUACGAUUUCUUGAAGAAAAACUUUAGGCAAGCUGAUAGCUUGAUGGCAAUUCCAAAGACCAGGCUUGUUAGGGUUGGAAUGACCUAUGAGAUAUAAUAGGCUACUCGGCGUGUUUCUAAAUGCUACCGGCCUUCGCACUUCACCUGCCACUUUCUACUUCCCGUUCCUUUUUUGCUUAUAUGUACACCCUAGAUAAACACUUACAACUAAACAUUAGUUUAUUUUUCGCCCAAUAAAAUUUAACAUAAGUCUAUCGAUCGAAACCUUAGUUUUUUUAAUGUUUUGUUCCCUCAUUUUUAAAA